AUGAAGCUUAGGACAUUCCAAGUGCUGUAUUACCUAUGCGUGCUGUGCACGUUCGUCCAGUCCGAGUCGAUUUCGAGAUCCAGCCCUUCGUUGAGCGCCCGAGGGACACAGGGAACUCUAAACGCAAACAUACCGAGAGACAAACGAGCAUUAGGUCUCAUUCUUUCUGGCCUGGCGCAGGUCUUCGGGUACACGGUAAAUCCUGUUCAAAUAGCCUCGUUGCCCAAUCCAACUUCCGAGGACGAAGCACGAGCGACUCCUAAUAAUAACCAGCAACCUCCGAAUUCCACCGAAUCGAGCGGUUCGUCGACCGCUGCCACGCCUAAACAGCGUGAAACGAUCAGGUUCACAGGUGUGCUGAACUUCGGCAACAGCACCGGUCUUUUGGGCCACUUGCAGCAAUACGAGAGGAUAUUUCAUCGACAAAAUGGCAGCUCUAAUUCUACCGCUCAAACCCCUACGUCGUCCAUCGCGCCACCUCAGCUCGAUCCAAGAACGUCGAUCUCCAACCAAUCGACGCAGCCUCCUUUCCUGCUCAAGAUUCCUCUGCCUAACGUAGCAGAACCACCCUUGCCCGUCGUUCCACAGUCACCUUUACCAGAGAUUCCUCCGCAGGACAUCCAGCUAUCCUAUCCCGGACCGUUGGUCCCGGUUCGCAAGGAGCAGCAACCGGUGUACAGGAAAAACGAGAGUACGGAGAGGACGACGGUGGAGAGCGAGGAAAUUAAGAGUGGAAAGGAGGUGCAAUCGGCUGCUCCGCCGAACGAGGAACCAGAGUGGAAGAAGGAACACGAGGAGAGACUGUCCGAGCUAGAGCGCAGGCAGGAGGAGCAGGCGCACCAGCUGAGGCAGCAGGAGUGGUACCGGAACGGAGGGAAAGAUGACAAUUACAGCGGCGAGGAGAUCCGCCAUGGAAACAACGACUGUGGGAACGAAGAGAAGGAGAAUCUUAAGGGCGAUCGAUCUGAGGAGGAGGAAGAUCGAUACGAGAGCGGAGAAAGGAUUGCAGAGUAUCCUACGACUCAGAAAACGACGAAUGCGGAGGAAGAUUCGUAUAGAAAUUACAAGGACGAGGAUUACAAGUACAAGCAAUACGAGGACACUCCUGAGACUAGUGAGAAUUAUACUGGUAUACAGUACAGCGAACCUCUGCCUUUGAGUGACGACGACGAACAACGACGACCUGAAGAACUGCGUAACAGUUACGGAGAACUUUUGGGCAACCGUGAACUGUUCGACGAGGGAUUUUUGAAUUAUUUCUCCAAGUUCAAAGAACCUCUGAGCGACUUUUACAGCUCGUUUGCGCCUCGGGGGUCGAAGGAGGUGGAGGACUCGCGUGGUAAAGAGGAGGAUCGAAGCGGCGAGAAAAUCAGGGAAGAGGACGAGUCUCCGGCUAGGAAUAAGUACGAGGAAUAUAGUUUGGAGGAGGACACGAGGAGGAAGGAUGGUGAAGGUUCUAACGAAGACACUUCAGAACCGUCGUUAAGAUAUUCCAAUAAUAUUUCAUCGAACGGCAAGAAUAGAUCUUAUUUGGAAGAACGGAGAACCAGCGAAGAAACGGAUUUUAGCAAAUACAUGCCGCUCGUUGUCCCCGUUCGCUAUCUCGACGCUCCUGAGGAAUUAAAGAAAGCGAAAUCGAGGCUCUUCACGAGCGAGAAAUCGUCCAAGGAUAAUAACGGACCGAAAGCAGAAGCUACCAAGAAAGUUUCGUUCAAAGAACCGUACAGACCGAAAAAGGAGAAUUUGAAGGCGAUGGUGAAUCCUUCGGAGAGACACACGCCGAAGAAACUUCACGAAGGUGAAGAGAAGGAGCUACAAGUAUGGCCGCCGCCGUUUGAUUUCGUUCUGGACGGGAUAAUUCAUGCCAACGGUGUUCCGGUGAAAUCGAGCAAUAAUAGUGGUAUCAAAGUUUCGAAUAUUCGUCGAAAGCCCGAUAAAGAUACGCGGCAGCAACGAGGAAGAAGAGUAACGUUUGAUAGUUCAACGGAAAAAUCUCGCGACACUUCUGAGAAUAUCGAUCGUCUUAAAAAAGAUUUGGAACGUGGAAAAGUUUCUGAGAAACGACAGAUGCUUCUUAAUCGGCCUGUAAACGCUAAACGAGAUAAUCGAACGCCUGUUAAAAUCGAAGAAAUGAAAUCUGAUCGGAGAAAAGAGGAGCCAGAAUUCUGGAAGCGUUACAAAUACACUUUGAAUAAUAAUUACAAAAACACCGAACGACCAAAUAUCGAGAUACAGCGUCAGGUUCAAGUACAAGCUCCGGAUUCGUUAAAUUUGAAGAAAUUGGAAUUUUUAAAGCCGACUGAAAAAAGUGAGGUUAUCGUAGAAAAUGAUUAUACCGAAUUAUAUCCUGAGCGAAAUAAAAAUAGCCAGGUUCGAGAAAAGUCUGAAUCAAUGACGACUUUUGAUCCUGUGAAAAAUUAUAAUUACUUCGAUUUCGACGAAAAUCCGUAUCGUUUCAAUUACGGUACGGAGAAAUUGUCCGGAGAUUUUGAGGUUAGUGGAAAAAUGGAGGGCGAAGGAGCGAUUGGUUUAGCUAUGCCGCAAGAGGACGUGUAUCGCUAUGAUGAAAGUUUAACGAAAUUCGCCAGUGAACCAGAAAGCAGAAACGAGAAAGUCCAAGGCAGAGAUUACGGAAAUGCUGCUUCCACCGUGAGAGACAAGCGAGAAGAAAUGCAAAGACGCAGUGAAUUAGAAACCAAGAUGGCUGAAAUUCUCGAAAAUUUGAAGACUCGUUUGCUAGUCGAAUAA